UGAUCGGUGCUUGUUCAUCUCUCAGUGAAAACAACGGUGGUUGAGAAGUGUUCAGUGUUCAAGUGGCUGUGAUUAUUGUGAGCUGCUGCCUGUGGCACGCCUGACGGGGAAAGAGGUGAGCCAUGGCCGUGGAGAAGAAGAGCUCUCGCGGAGCAAAAGGGCCUCCGCCAAAGGGCAAGGCGAAGAGCUCCUCAAAGAGCAGCAGCCAGAGCUCUGGGUCAGGCACGCUCAUCGCCGUGGCUGUGCUGGGUGUGCUGGUGGCGGGAGUGGUGUACGCGCAUCAGGCUGGCCACUUAAACAGCUACGUCGAGGCACUGCAGCAGGGUAGUGCGCCGUCCCAAAAGAGUCCCAUUGACGCCGUCAAGGACGAGAUCAAAAACGCCGAUGCGGAAUUUCAACAAGCCGAGACGGAAAAGGAUGCCAAGACUCCGCCAACAAAGGAUGCUGCAUCUAAACCCGCGAAGAAGGUGAAUCCCGAAGAAGACAAGGCUGCAGACGACAAGAAGAAGCAGGAGGGUGAUGCGGCAAAGAAGGCCAAGAAGCAGCAGGGUAGUGCGCCGUCCCAAAAGAGUCCCAUUGACGCCGUCAAGGACGAGAUCAAAAACGCCGAUGCGGAAUUUCAACAAGCCGAGACGGAAAAGGAUGCCAAGACUCCGCCAACAAAGGAUGCUGCAUCUAAACCCGCCAAGAAGGUGAAUCCCGAAGAAGACAAGGCUGCAGACGACAAGAAGAAGCAGGAGGGUGAUGCGGCAAAAAAGGCCAAGAAGCAGAAGAAGCCAGUGCGCAUUCUUCAGGCCAGCAUCGGUGCCAAGGAGGCGGACUAUGAAAUUCGCCAGGAAAUCCGUGCCGCCGAUCGUCUCCACACCAAGAAGAAGUACCAAGAAGCUUUGACCGAGUUCCGCCGUUUGCUCAAGGGCAAUCCGAAGUGCAUUCGCUGUAAAUACGGGGAGGGAGCAGCACUGCAUGAACUUGCUGACAAGCAGAGGAGCAAUAAACUUGUUCAGGAGGCCAUUGCAGCUUACAAAGAGACGUGCACAUGGUCUGGUGGACGCCGCAGCGUACGUGUAGCCGGCUGUUUGGCCAUGUCUGGACGCAUGAGCUUCAUGGGUCAGUCACGCCAGUCCGUCAAGCUGCUCGAUACCGUCCUCGCUGAUCUCAGUGAAGACGUUAAGAUCCUGGAGGAGAUUGGACUUCAGUGCCUAAUCAGUGCUAUGAAUAAGAAGGCAAAAUCUGCGCUCACUCGCCUUUUGGAGCUUGACCCUGAGAACGGCUUUGGCCUGGGUCAUUUGGGAUUUGUGUACAAACUGGAACUGCGCUAUGAAGAGGCUGUUCCGCUCAUGUUUGCUGGACUCCGCGGUAAUGAUGACCGCUCCAGAGAACCCCGGUUUUACUAUCACCUCGGAGACGCUCUUCAGAGACUUAACCGAUCGGAUGAGGCGUACGAAGUUUAUUCCCAGGGUGCUGAUAGCGGCAACUUCAACAGUAUGUACCAGCGCUCCACCUACAAUGCACCUAACCUGAAGGCACAGCCGUGGUGGACGCCCGAGGAGACACCAUAUGCCGCCGAUAUCAAGCGUAUCGAGAAGCACUGGAAAACUAUCCGGGACGAGGGUCUGGCUGUCAUGAACUUGAAUCAAGGUGGCUUUGACAAGGAGGAAGAGAACUUGCGCAAGGAAGGUGACUGGGGACAGUUCACUCUCUUUCAGCAGGGCCACGUAUUGGAGGACAACUGUCGCAAAGUGCCUAAGACUUGCAAGAUCAUGAAAAGCAUCAAGGAUGCUGCUGGUUGCAAGCGUGGCCAGGUGAAGUAUUCUGUGAUGCAACCAGGCACCGUCGUCUGGCCACACUGUGGCCCCACGAACUGCCGCCUGCGCUUCCACUUGGGUUUGGUUGUACCCGAUGAUGUGCACAUCCGAUGUGGAAAUGACACAAGGACUUGGUAUGAGGGAAAGACGAUAGUGUUCGACGACUCGUUCGAGCACGAGGUCUGGCACCACGGCAAGAGCUUUCGCAUGGUGUUUAUCAUGGACUUCUGGCAUCCCGACCUGACCCAGAGGCAGAAGGAAGAGCUGAGUCCUAUCUAAACUCUGUGCUAGUUGUGGUGACAGCCACUUGCAUACCAGCUCAACCCUGCCAAACAUGUUAACAUCUCAUCGUGUUGCCAUUUUUAUAGUCCCGUGAUGGCCCCGCCAGAUGAAUAUCUGAGUCGAAUUCCUUUGCUGCACCUGCUGUUCUAGUAUAUCUUUCUGCUCGUAGAUAGAUAUACCCUGCCUUUCGCUAACGCUGUUUUAAGGUUACAUGUAUGUCGAUUCCGACCACGCUGAAGAUUGUAUGUGCUUGAGAUUGGUAUCUAUACAUCGCAUUCCACAUUCUCCUGUUUCUGGUCUAUGCUGCGGUAUGCAUUCUCGUCGCCGUGAUUAUUCUCGCCGAACACACACAUCAUGCAUGCAUGAUGCGAACAACUUGCAUGUACUUGA